GUGGCGUGGACGAUCCUGGCGGCACGAGAGAGAGAGAGAGAGAUGGAUAUAUAUUAAUUUUAUAGUGACAUAAAUCUAAAAGAGACACAGAAAGCGAAGCUUUAACGCAGUUUGCCCUCUUUCAUCCCGUAUCUUUGAUCUUGAUCGUUGGUGACCUUCCAUUUUCUUCAACUGUGUAGCUGAGACAGAUCAUUGUAGGAGCCAUGGUACUUGACAGCGUGAUAUCUUCUCCUCAUCGAAGAUCACAGAAUCAGAGUGUCUUUUCUUCACCAACAAUUAGGAAACAAUUCCAAGCACGGGAUGAAUUAGGGAGCUGGUCAACACUCUUCCAGAGGCACCGUUUCCUUCUAACAGCUCUUGUCCUCCUGGCUGUCCUCUGCACUGUUUAUCUCUAUUUCGCUGUCACUCUAGGGGCUACUGGGUCCUGUGCUGGGUUGACAGGUACUGAAAGAGAUUUGUGUCGUUUGGAGCUCGAAAAAUCUUCUGCUUCCAAGGGAAAAUUAAAAUUCUUUUGAUAACUAGGUGAUAAAUUAUAAUCCAUCAACAGCAUUAUCCUUUUUAGUAAUUUCCCCCCUUUUUGUUUUCCUAGUUGGCCUGAGAAGAGGGUAGGGUUCAGGUUGGGUUUCAUAAUUUGGAUAUGUAGUUUCUCCUAGCAGGGCUGUAUUGGUAAGGACAUUUGUCCAGUUAUAUAUGUGAAAUUUCUCUAAGUUGUAUAACCACAACAAUUAUAUUUAUUGCGAGGAAACAAAAAGAAAAAAAAAUAAAAAUCUGUAGCUUUGGAGAA